GAUAAUAUCUAUUUUUAACACAUGCAGGAGAAAAUUAAAAUUGGCCAAAAUCUAAAAACCUAGAUCAGGAUAUUUCCGAAACUUGGGUUCUUCCGUCUUCUUCACUUCCUCUUUUCUUCAACUCCUCCAGCUGAGUAUCAGUCCAACUCCAACCCAUCAAAAAUGGAUACACCGCCUUUCAAUUUCAGUUGUUGCUAAUGUCGUGUUGACACACAGGCACAGAAAACACCUGACCAUGUCUGCGCUUUUGGCGGCAAUGUUUGGCCUGGUCUUCUACAUGCUGGUGCGCCUACUUCAUUUGACGCAACCGUCCUCCGCCCCACUUCUGUACGUCAAGGACCGUUCCUCCGACUUUGUCCAGUCGGUUCUCACUCUGUGCCCAAUUUUGAAUCAGCCGUAUGUACCGACAUUGCUGUGGGGCAAAAGUGGCCACAUUCAAACCAUUCUGUAUGCCAAGAUGGGCAGGGUCAACAUGCCGGUACCUAACGGAGUCCGCCAUACCACAGGCAUGGCCGAUGGAGCUACGCUAACCUUUGACCUGUAUGAGCCCGAGGUUCCUCACAAGACAGGAGGGUCAUACUGCAUUAUCUUCUGCCCUGGCAUAGGGAACUCAAGUGAAUCCCCGUACAUACGCACGCUGGUGCAUCACGCACAAAAGAACGGCUACAUCAGUGUGGUGCUGAAUCAUUUGGGCUCAUUGAAGAAUACACCAUUAUCCUCACCUCGAAUAUUUUCUUAUGGCGGUACAGAAGAGCUUGGCUUGGUACGAGCGGAAGUAGAGCGUCUGUACCCGCACUGCCACCUGGUUCUGGUGGGGCUGAGCAUGGGAGCUAACAUUGUAGUCAAGUAUCUGGGAGAGUCAGCUGCCCACCAGAAGGGCAUCCUGGCCGCUGUCUCCUUCUGCCAGGGCUAUGACGUCAACAGGGCGGUGGAAGUACUGACCUCAUGGACCAACCUGCGGCAGGGAUAUGUGUACGUUAUGACUGCCAACCAGAAGCGGAUCAUCAAGCGGCACAAAGAUAUCUUGUUGUCUGAUGAAGAAAAACAGCGCAUCGGAGUGGCGGACGAGCAAGAGGUCUUCUCUGCUCAUCUCCUCUCUGGUCUGGACGAAGCUUACACAAGGAAGCUGUUUGGUUUUAACAGCCGGGAAGAGUUCUACCAUCAUAGUAGUUGCAGUCACUACCUGUCCAAUGUGCAGACACCUUUGCUGAUCGUUAACUCUGCUGACGAUCCCAUUGUACCAGAGACUCUGUUCGAAUAUCCGCUGGAAGCCUCUCAGAAGCUACAGAACUGCAUCUACGCUAUUACCAAACACGGGGGUCACUUGGGCUUCUUUGAGCACGGCUGGUUUUGGCCCCACAGCCUCACAUGGAUGGACAGACUGAUUGUGGAGUUUGCAGAUGCCAUCACCUCUCUACAUAACAGCGGAGAAUUGGAGAAACUGACAACGCUGGAUGAGUCGAAGGGCAGGGAAGAGAUCAAAGAGAGCGCGGAUUUUGUUGUGGCGUAAGAAGUCACAGCAAGAUUGUCCCAGUUUCCCAGUCUGUUGUAAGACUAGUUAAACUUUCUAAUGUGCUUGUAAUAUCUUUCAAGGUCAGUUAAGAAACUCGGUAUUGAAUAAAAUUAAAAGAUAGUGAAUUGGAAGUAUGGUUGCAGAAAAUGCCUCCCAACUUGGACAAAUGCCCUCAUCUUGAAAAUAUUUACUCAUUGUUUUCACAUAGCUGCCAAAUGGUAGGAAAGAAAUUAAUUAGAUAUGUUUUUGAGGGCCUUAAUAUGUUUUUGUAUUAGAAAAAGUGAAGCUUGCUGACAAAAUUAGUUACUUCUCGGAUUCAAUUCUUACGGAAAUAGGUGAAGUUUUUAAAAUUUUAUAAGAAUGUAAUGAUAAUAGGCAUGUUAUACUUCGAGCAUUUGGCAUCAAUAAAAAAUCUACAAAUUUGACCGUAUUUGGCCAAUAUCUGGAUUUGUGGAUAGCGAGAAGUAACUCAUUUUGUCAGCACGCCUCACAAAUAUGUAUUGUCUUUUUUCUGGUAUUGCUUCUCACAGACUUUGGGAUUCUAAAGAGAAAUUAUGAACUUCAAUGCUCACCAUCUUACCCCGUGGCGUGGGUAGAGUCUGUAUCAUGGUUUUGAAAAGUUGGCAGUUAUGUAGUUGAUAAAAACUAUCUACACACAGGAAGUUGUGUACCUUAUCUCAAAGAAGUACCUGUGAGUUUUGUGAGAAGAAUAUUUGACACUAAAAUGUUUCUCGUAGAAAAUAGGUAGUGCAAGUGAAUCUGUAUAUAGAUUAUGUCAAAGUGAGCUAUUUAGUCUCUUUAAGGUCCGAGCAUAGUCAAUGUCUUUAUCGGCCGUAAAAGUUGUCAAAAUGAGCUGAGCAUAGUCAAAACUGUUUUCACAUGUGGUGAUUUCAUUCCCCUAUGCAAUUCCACUUUUUUUAUUACACUUUUCUUCCCAUUAUUUAUAACACAUAAAAUCUCACUUCACAGAUAAUAUACGCGGACUUACGCUUCACAGCCUCAUAAUCUCACUUCACAGAUAAUAUACGCGGACAUACGCUUCACAGCCUCACAAUUUUGGUAAACCCUAAUAUUGCACUCUUAUCGUCAUUUUUACCAGCACAGUUUGUAAGAAGUCAGUUCUGAACUCGCAAUAUAUAUAUACGGGACAGAAUUCAAACAUGCUUUCUUAGCCUAAAAGAAAAAGAACCCUUUAAUGAAUGCUUGUUUUUGUGGAUGAUGUAAGUUUUUUAAAAUACUUUUUCAGGUGCUUGCAAAUAUUUAUUGUAUUCAGAUGACUGCAGCUGCAUGUAGUAGCUGGAUUUGAGAGUAGCAUACUUGUAGGCUAACACUAACACUACUCAGAAGUUACCCCGUGUCAGAGGCUGGGACCACAUUUUAUUAAUAUUCCGGUGACUGAGAAAAUGUUACAGUUCCACUGUGGAACGUGGUGCUGACUGACCACUGUAAGGCAUGAUAAAAAAGAGUGUGGGACAUGAUUUAGGGGUUACCACUCUGGGAAGUGAUCAGCGCUUCCAAUCUUCCAUAUUUUUAUGGAAAUCCGUACUUUCUGACAGUUCCGAACUUGCUCCCCAAUCGUUAUCAACUCCAUCUGUAAAAAAGUGCGAUAGUGUAGGGCUACCGAAAUUCUGAGGCAAAUGGCCUCCAUUGCGUCGUCUUGUAUAAGUAAGUUACAGAAUAUAUUUACAGUAAUUUGUCGGCAAUAAGUAAAAAUAUUAUAGGAACCUGCCAGGCCGGGGAGUAUGAGGAAAUUUGUGAAAAACCCCCAGAAUAUAAAAAUCAAAAUCGGAUUGGUCAGUAAAUUCAUUUUUGCCGAUCGCGAUUGUGAUGUUCGUUUGACUUUUCCUGGUCCGAGAGUACGCUUCACACGAACAAGCAGCUAUGGCGGCCAAUGGAAGUGUAUGUGACACUGAGAUUCCAUCAGGAUAAUCAAGAUCUACUUUCACUUUCUUUACCACCCAGAAAUUUGCCGAUGAUAGCCUGAUACUGCAACAUUUGUGACAUGUGGGUCGUGCAUUAUAAACGCUGUGCGCCAUGCAAAUAAAUCAGCAUUUGUCAUUUGUAAAGAAAA